UGACAUCUAUACAUCUCAUUAGUGCAGAGAAGUACAAAGUAAGCUAGUGGAGGAACAGGAGAAAUGUCGAAAUUUCCUGAAACUGAAGGCUGUGUGGCUCACGUCCUAUCUUUUACUAGUCCUCAGGAAGCAUGCCGACUGUCGCUCAUCUCUCAUACAUUUAACGAAGCCGCUAAUUCCGACAUCGUUUGGAAUAGUUUCCUUCCUGCCGAUUAUCAGUCUAUUGUAUCCCGAUCGUCUGAUUCUUCACUGCUGGCUUCUCGCCUUCCCAGGAAACAGAUGUUUCUCAGCCUCUGCGACAAUCCAAUUCUCAUCGACGAUGGCAAAAUGAGCUUUGCGUUGGAUAAAUGGACUGGGAAGAAAUGCUUCAUGCUUUCUGCAAGGGAUCUCAAGAUUAUUUGGGGCAAUACUCCUGAGUAUUGGCAAUGGAUCUCUGAACCCGACUCCAGAUUCACAGAGGUGGCGGAGCUUAUUUCUGUGUGUUGGUUUGAAAUCCGUGGCAAAAUCAACACUUGCAUGCUAUCCCCAGCAACUUUAUAUAAAGCUUAUCUGGUGUUCAAAUUAAGAAGAGCUUAUGGAUUUGGAGGCCUACCAGUAGAGGGCAUAGUGGGAUUUGCUGGGAGCGAAAGCAGUAAGCGUACCAUUUAUUUGGACAAUCGAACUGGUUCGAGGCGUGAAGCAUCUGUAUCAAAUGCAGAAAACAGUGAAAACUAUCCAAAAAAGAGAGGAGAUGGAUGGCUGGAGAUUGAAUUGGGCGAGUUCUUGAAUGAGGAAGGCGACCAUGGAGAGCUGGAAAUAAGUGUUUUAGAAGUGAAGCGUCUUAACUGGAAGCACGGUCUGGUUGUUCGAGGGAUAGAGAUCAGACCUAAAACGGAACAUAAAUAAACCAAGGGCUGUUAUAUAUAUAUAUA